AUUUUUAGCAGGUUUCUGGGGCUGCCAUGUUGCCUGUGAGGCAGCCGCAAUGUCCGUCCGACACAGAGGAGACAGUGCACCACUGAGUCAUGGUGGCCUCCUCGCUGCAAGCUGCGCGCUCUCAGGUUCACCCGUGUUGCUUAAUUAGGAAAUCCCGGAAGAGUUUGGUCCUGUGCGCAAUUGACUGACGGGGCAGGGAGGCAGGGGGACCGUGCGGCGACAGACGCAGGCACGAAUCUGUACCGGGAUAUUGACAAGCACAUCAAACACCCCGUCAAACAAUUCAAUUCGGGACAGAGAAGGGAGGUUCGUCACCAUGGAAGCGCUAAUGGAGCGGCUGGAGCAAGCCGUGACUCGCCUAGAGCAGAUGUCCAUCAAGAUGCAGGCGUCUGGUGGCAUGGCUAAUGGGGACUGUGUCAAUGGCAUCGAUGGAGCUCUGUCCCAGUGCGUGGAGGCCUUCGACCUGCUGCUGAGGGGUCCAGUGUCAGACUACCUGAAGAACAGCCGAGCCAUAGGAGACGACGUGGAGAAACACGCGGAGAUGGUGAGCAACGCCCUGCAGACUCAAAGAACCUUUCUCAAAAUGGCCGCCACGCACCAGGAACCUGCACAGGCGGAGCUGCGUGACCUGCUGAAGCCGAUCUCUGAUCACAUCCAGGAGAUCCAGAGCUUCAGAGAGAGAAACCGCGGCAGCAGCCUCUUCAACCACCUGUCAGCCGUCAGCGAGAGCAUCCCCGCUCUGGGCUGGGUGGCCGUGAGCCAGAAGCCGGGUCCCUAUGUGAAGGAGAUGAACGAUGCUGCCACCUUCUACACCAACCGAGUGCUGAAGGACUACAAGGAAACCGACAGACGCCAUGUGGAGUGGGUGCGCUCCUACCUGUCGAUUUGGACCGAGAUGCAGUCCUUCAUCAAGCAGCACCACACCACCGGGCUGGUCUGGAGUAAGACUGGCCCCAUCGCUCCUCCGUCUCUCUUUGACUCUGUCCCAAGCGCUCCCUCUGCUCCUCCCCCACCUCCCCCUCCUCCCCCUGGACCUCCUCCAGUCUUCACAGACGAUGACGCCCAGCAGCAGGCGCCCGGCAUGGCGGCCCAGCACUCGGCCCUCUUCGCCCAGCUCAACCAGGGCAUGGACAUCACUAAAGGUCUGAAGCAUGUAUCAGAUGACAAGAAGACCCAUAAGAACCCCAACCUGCGCUCCCAGGCAGCGAUGCCCCACUCGUCACCGGCCAGGGGCAGGAACCCUGGGGCUGGGGGCCCAGCUGUAGUGGCCCCCCAGAAAAAAACCCCAGUACUGGAGCUGGAGGGCAAGAAGUGGAGGGUGGAGAACUUUGAGCAGAAACACGACCUGGUGAUUGAGGAGACAGAACUAAAACAAGUCGUCUACGUCUUUGGCUGCAACAACUCCACCGUGCAGGUCAAGGGCAAAAUCAACUCCAUCAUCAUCGACAACUGUAAGAAGCUGGGCCUGGUGUUUGAGAACGUGGUUGGUAUUGUGGAAAUCAUCAACUCUAAGGCCAUUCAGUUACAGGUGUUGGGUAAAGUGCCGACCAUUUCCAUCAACAAGACAGAGGGCUGCCAGGUCUACCUGAGCAAAGAGUCCCUCAGCUGUGAUAUUGUCAGUGCCAAGAGCUCCGAGAUGAACAUCCUGGUACCGGAGGGAGACGACGACUACAGGGAGUUUCCCGUCCCGGAGCAGUUCAAAACCUUGUGGGACGGCUCCAAACUGGUGACAGAGCCCACAGAGAUCGCCGGCUGAUUGCAGCAUCUUCAUCACCACCACCACCACCAUAAUCAUCAUCAAGGUCAUCAUUUCAGACAUAAUAUAUCUCGCUGUUCUGCUGUUCUCAUUACGUUUCAAUAAUUAAAAGGGAUCUUUCACACAGACACCAAAACAUUUCACUAUGGGUCAGUUCGUUGUAGGCGUAUGUGUAGCUCAUCUCGCACUUUGAAACUGUUGAUUGUUAUGAACUUUGAAACUGUUGAUUGUCUGUAAUUGUCUGAAGCUGAUUUUCCCUACCUACAAACCUAAGUAACUCUGCUACAAAAGCACUGUAAAGACAUAGCAUAAAGGAAUAUUCAUUUGGAAGAGAAGGGAUAUUUUAGCUUUGAACACAUUUAAAUUUGAAAAUGCGCACUACAAAAAUUGUAUUUUCACUGUCUUGCAUUUCUGUGCCAUAGCAAUAAAGGCAUUUAUGUAAGAAUAUAUAACUAUUGAUAUUAUGUAACCAACAAUCUGGACAGGUCCUCGUUAGCCUCAGAUACUGUUACUGUAAGGGACAUAUAUUUUGACUUUAAUAUACCUCUGUACUCUACUUUCAAUGUCAAGUUUCAUUGCGUCAGUGUUGCAGGAUAUUUCAGAAAUUAGUACAGUUGCACAUUAGACUAAGAUAGAAAUUAUACAUUAAUAUACAUUUGGUGGCCAAUCACACAAGCCUUAUAUUUUAGUCAAAAGUAUAGUACUAUUUGGUAUUACAGUACAUAUGUAUGAUGUUCUUUUUUUUCUAUCUAUUGAAAUGUAUCUUACAGUUUAUCAUUUUAGUCAUGUAGCACUGUUUUACUGAGAAGCAGCAUUUUUUUUUUUAAUGCUAAAUACUUCAUCUGCAGCAAUGCUGCUAUUGCACAGUUUGUAUGAUGACUGCAAAAAGAAGGUCGGUCAUGCUGCUGGAGAUGUGACAUUAAAUAAAGUAAUGAAGUACUGGGCUAUUAAUAAGUUUCUUAGAUGAACAAGUUAUGUUACAAGCACUGUGUUUAUAUGCCUUAAAAUACUGACAUUAAAGGUAUCUAAUGUCCACUUUCACACUUGACCCAUAUCCUAUUGUGUAUAUUCUUGUGUACGUCACUAUAUUUUGUAUUAAAAUGUAGAGCUUUAUGGUACCAGCAUAGGGGCAAAAACAAGUGUACACCAAUGACACGUUUCACAACUUUCAAGUCACACAAAAAGGAUGUGAUGUAACUGUGUAGCAUUUUUUCCAAAUAAAAUCAAAACCUC